AUGUGUAUUUUUGAAGAUGAAAGUGUGAAAUUGCGACAGCUGAAACUAGAGAACCAGAGAGCUCUUCUGGAGAAGAAGCAGAGGAAGAAACGUCUUGAGCCCUUGAUGGUGCAGCCAAAUCCAGAAGCAAAGCUGCGUAGAUCAAAGCCCAAAGGGUGUGAGGAGCAGACUCCCUUAGUUGAGACCCACACCCCUUUUCACAGCGAUGUUGUCCUGCAUGGCAUUGAUGGCCCAGCUGCCUUCCUGAAGCCAGAAGUCCAAGACUUAGGGACCAAACUCCAAAUCCUCUCCGUAGGAUCUUCCACAACAGAAGACGAUGCAGAUCAAGACAAUGAUGAGGAGACCCUGAUAGAUACAGCUGCCAAGCCAGAUCUGCAAGAAAUCCUACAGAAACGAGGGAUCUCAGGCAGUUUGAAUUUCGAUGAGGACACUGAAGAGGAGGAAGAAGCUGGAAAGAGGUCAAGAUCACAUUCACCAUAUUCUGAAUCUGAGAGGCCUAGUUCCGCAACCAGCCAGAAAUCUGCUACAGUCUUCUCACAGGACACAGGUGCUUCCUGCACUGCAUCCCCAGAGACAGAUGCACAGUUGGGAGAAGUGGAGAACUUGGAGGAGUUUGCAUUACGCCCUGCUCCCCGUGGCAUUACAGUGAAGUGUCGAAUCACUAGAGAUAAGAAAGGAAUGGACCGAGGCCUCUUCCCCACCUACUAUAUGCACCUGGAAAGGGACGACAACAGAAAGACGUUCCUUCUUGCAGGAAGAAAACGGAAAAAGAGCAAAACAUCCAAUUAUCUCAUUUCAAUUGACCCAACAGAUUUAUCCCGGGAAGGGGAAAGUUUCAUUGGAAAACUCAGGUCCAACCUUAUGGGAACAAAAUUUACUGUCUAUGAUCAUGGAGUUAGCCCAGGCAAGGCACAAGGGCUAGUAGAAAAGGCCCAUACCCGACAGGAGCUCGCAGCCAUUUGUUACGAAACCAAUGUCCUAGGAUUCAAGGGCCCCAGGAAGAUGUCCGUGAUCAUUCCAGGGAUGAACAUGAACCACAAGCGGAUUCCAAUCAGACCACGAAAUGAACAUGAGAGUUUGCUAUCAAAAUGGCAAAAUAAAAACCUGGAAAACCUGAUUGAGCUGCACAACAAGGCUCCAGUCUGGAAUGAUGACACUCAGUCGUACGUCUUGAAUUUCCAUGGGAGAGUCACUCAGGCCUCGGUGAAGAACUUCCAGAUUGUCCAUGAGAAUGACCCUGACUACAUUGUGAUGCAGUUUGGUCGUGUAGCAGAAGACGUGUUCACUCUGGACUAUAAUUACCCCCUGUGUGCCCUCCAGGCCUUUGCCAUUGGACUCUCCAGCUUUGACAGCAAAUUGGCAUGUGAAUGAUGGAGACAGCGGACUUGGACGUGGAACUUGCUCCCAUCCCUGCACCUUGUAGAUGAGUUCUGGGUGGAAUCAUGAGAAGUAUCCUGGGGACAAAAAGGGAACUGGAGGCCAGAUAUCUGUGGCCUUAACAAGAAGCAAAUAGUAGAUUUGGGGGCUUUACAGUAGCUGAUAGGGACCAUGGCCCUUUUUGGAAGGGAGAUCGCUGCAUGUGCACCGGGGGAAGGCAAGGAUAAUGUGUGAUGUCUUUGUUAUCAGUAUUAAUGCUGCAUUGAGAAUCUUGAUGGGAGAUGGUGUGAGAGCUAAUCCUGCUCCUUAGCAGCUAAGCAUCACUGUGACUAGGAAUUCCUGCAGUGGGGAUCAGAUUAAUAGCGCUUUAGUGCCUAGGCACCUUGGAUCUCACAACGCUCCUGUGCUCAUGCAGCGUAUAUUAAGAUUCGUUUAGAGAAGGAAGAAGAGGUACAGUUUGUGCCAUCUCUUACCCCGCAGAAUAACUCUCCUAAGGCAAAGUUCAGAGAAAGAAGAGAGUACACGCCUGAUGUCCCUGUGCAACUGUAAGCAGUGGUCAAUGAACAAAGAAUAGGAGCAAGCCCCAUGCCUCUAUAGCCACCCUUUUACUCUGCAGGAUAAUUCUCUUUCAAGGCUGAUGGAUCCCAGUUCCUGUUAAUUGUUCUGCUGCUCAUUAUCCUGUGACAACCCUUUUACCAAAUAAAGAUCCCCCAUCAUUAGGGUUGUGAGAAAAGCUCCUAUGGUCACUUCUAAGUAAGCAAUAUUUAUAUUAUGACCAUCACUGUUUCUUUUAUUCCUAACAGCUCUAAAAGUGAAAUUGAAUGGAUCAUUGGACCUGACAGAAACUGGCUGAGAAAGGCAUGCCAUUGACUAUUCCUGAAAUGCAGCAUUCUAAUUGCCUUAAAUACUAGAUUCUAUAGGUCAGUCAAUCAGAAACAUUUUUUUUUAAUUUCUUUUAUGAAUAAAGUUUGCUGCAUUUUAGGAAUAAACUGAUGUCUGAAGCUUUUCUUUGUUUUGUUUAACUUUUUUCUCAGCAAAUAAGAGCCUCUCCUGCAGCAGUCUGAAUGGCUGAUUCCAAUUGCAUGUGGUAUAAUAACCAUAGAUAUCUCAAAUCAUGACCAGUUCAGUCAGUUUUAUAUAAUCAUUUAAUCUGAAUAUGAGUUUAACCAAAAAUAAGAUUAUAGACAUUUUCCAAGGCACAAGGAAAGAAGAAUAUUGCAACAAGAGUGGCCAAAGUACUGCUCAUCGGGCUCCAUAACAUGUCCUGUAGCAGCCCUCAUCUUUAAUUCUGGGUUGCAGUCAGUGGAGACCACAAGUCCCAGCAUGCAAUCCUCCUUGAUCCACCGGCCUCAACUUGCAUCAAAUUGGAGCACUGCAUAUUGAGACCUAUACAUGGGCUGCACAUCUGCUGUAUAUUAAAAAAGAGGGCAGCUACCAUCCUGUCCAUUUCAUAUUCUUUAUGUACAGCUGUCAGAAUCUUUCCUUUCACAUUCAUUAUGUACAGUUAAUUGCUCAUUUGUCCCUCUGUUAAGCAAACUGUGGGUGUCCCCUUUUUUGCAUGUACUGAUCUGUUUUUAAAGGUCAUUGGCAGCCCACAAGUCCUAUCUGGAUGCCCCCAGCAACCAGAUUUUCAUCAUUGUGUCACAGUCUUUGCAUUAUAUGUCACAUAAGUCUCGCUAUUGGUGAAUAUUAUCUUGUUGUUUAAUUUUCCAAAACAUCAAACUUUGUGUAAACAUUUUCUGAUGCCAGAAAAAACGCUUCAAUCAUAGUCACAUGUAAUCUCUGUAUUUAAUUGUAAAUGGUGAAUUGUUGCUGAUAGCUCCAGUUCUAAAAAAUGCUUAUCUCACAAGUUCCCAAGCUACACUGGCUGAGGUGCCAUUGCAUUCAAAGCAAUCUCAUCAGCAUAGCAAUCAGCAAAGAGAGUUUGCGCCAGGUACCUCUUUUGUGUCUUCAUGCACUUCCCGCUUGUCAGGAUUUGAUGGCAUCUCCCACUUGUGUUCUCGUGUGCUCCCAACUGACUGCUCUGCACUUCCUGUAUCUACCUAGAAAAGCCAAGAAACCAGUUCCUAAUGCCGCUGUCACAAUUACUUUGUAACUAGGACAGAUGUAGAAAAUUAGUUUAUGUUCGCUUGGGGUUACUUGUAGGCAUUGCAUUAAUUGCUAGUCCAGAAAAAGUUUCCUUGUGCUUAGCAAGCUACCCUGCAACUCCCUGGUUCAUCUCUCCAACUGGGUCAGUCAGCAAGAGCUCUCUCAAACUAUUCAAGGUGGUAAACCCAUGGGUGAGCUUAAUUGAUCAUGGCUAAGUUAGUGCCUGUGAUUCUUUAGGUUUCCUCAUCAAGUUGCACAGACAGAUGACCGAAUUUCUUGUCUCUUCUGAGGUGCUUUCUAUACUGUGGGCAUGUGACCCUUCACUUACCUUCUAGUAUUGAAACUCUUUCUUUUGUCUCAGUUUUUGAGGUUGUUUUUUUAAAGGGAUUGUACACAAUGACCUUGUCAUCACUAGCAUUAAAGUGUGUUAGCCACAACUGUGUUAAAGCACAGGUUAUUGCUAGCAAGUCCUAGCAUGGUUUCUCUUGAUACCAUCCAGCAGGGAAUUUUUCUAAAAAGGGUGAUACCAUUGUGCUAUGAAACAGUCCCAUCAGCUGUCUGUGGGGUCAAACUAAAAGCCAGAUUUUCAGACAAAAGUCCCAGUGCACACUGUUCAGGGAAAUGGUACGCUCUAUCACAUUGAAAUGUGACUCUGGAUAUCUUGGGGUCAGCCCUAAUGUGGACAGAAGCAUGGGUCUGUUUUUUGUUGCCGUUUGAACAGGCAAUAGCAAUGCAGGAGGUGGGCAUUUACCUCUUCUCAGAUGCUUUCAGACAUAUUUUAUAUAUUGGAGGCUUCAGUACUCUGCCGUACUCUCUGUUCUUUUUGUGUUCUUCACCCACUCUGUUGCUGCUCUGUGUGCCAAAGGUCCACCUAGAUGAGUGAGAGGCUGGCUUUGUGUGCUUCCUGUUGCUUCCAAGCUUUUUUUGCUCUGCAGAAACGUCCAGUGCUUUUUGGUCAAAUAUUGUUCUAUAUGAAUUGUAUUUAUAACUUUUGUACUCUAAUGAAAAUAAAAUAAUUUAUAAAAACCAAAAACAAACAACAAAA